CCCUGUACAAGUACACCUCACCACGACCAUCGCACGUUACCAUAUCGCGAUUCCACUGCCAUAAGCACAAGAUAUAAUACGAUGCCUCUCGGAAUAGAGAGAAUCAACGUGCGUCGCCGUUCGCCCAAUGACCUCAUCAACUUCAUCACGCCGCUCGAGGACGCAGAUAAGGCGAUCGCCCAAGACUACCUGGAACGCAUUGCGGCCAUUGUAUAUCCCAUCAUGAAGGAUAAUGGCCUUGCUGUUAUGAACCUGGACGAAUUCCCAGCAAACGAUGAAUUCUGGGGACGAAACUUCAACGCGGGCGCAUGUAUCCAGCUUGUUCUAAAACAUCCAAAAACCGGACAAUGGCUACCGUUCAAGUUUGUACAAGGAGUCAUGAUCCACGAGCUGGCACACAACAAGCAGAUGAACCACUCCUCAUCCUUUUGGGCGGUCCGCAACAAAUUUGCCCGGCUUCUUGAUGCCCUUCACGCGCGCGACUACACGGGCGAAGGCUUUUGGUCCGCGGGGCGUGAACUAGUCAGCGAACAGUAUACGCACGACCGGCCACUGGCGGAGUCCGAGAUGCCGCAGCACAUCUGCGGCGGCACCUACCGUGACAGGACUAAGCACCGGGUCCGGGCGCCAAGGGAAAGGCUGAGCUACGCGGAAACGAAGAGGCGAAGGAUAGAGCGCAAGUUUGGGAUGGCUGGAGAGGGGAAGAGUCUCGUUGCCGACGUCGACACGGCGGAUAGAAAACCGAAGCCGAGGGUGGCUCAGAGUAAGCGUGGCCGCGAAUUACGGGCAGCGGCGGCGUUGGCGAGGUUCGAGAAAGUUGAAGAUAAGAAAGAGGAGACUAAGGAAGCGGAUCGGGAUGAGGAAGGUGUUACGAAUAGCGAGAGCGAGGACGAGAAGGCUGUCAAUGUUGGUGGCGGAAAGUUCAUGGUUGCCGUGAGUGGAGAGCAGGAUGGAAAAGAGGAGAUGGACGAGAUGGAUCGAGAGCUCAUCGGGCUACUGGGGGGGGGUGCCUGUGGUUCAGGAAGCAAACAACCCGCAAAGCCACGUGCCACAUCCGCCGGUCAGCCCACAGCGAGGUCGAAAGCCGUGGUGAAUCACCACACCCCCAUCAUCGAUCUAUCGUCCGACACGGAGGAGGCGAGGCAAACCCAAUCUUCAUCUCCAUCUCCAUCCAUAUCAAACAUCAGGCAGCCACCGGCAGAUCCCCUGCGUGCAAAGCGCAGCAAACAUACCCCAGCUCAACCGGGCACGAAUAUUUUUCCAACUGCAUCGUCAGCAGCCACACCACCACCACCAGUGACCAGUCGUCCGACUGUAUCCGCUGAUUCACCGCAAACAUGUCCUGUGUGCUCCUGCACCAACAGGGCCGGGGCAGCAACCUGCCUAGCGUGCAUGAACGUCUUGUUGGAUCGCGACGAUCUCGCAACAUGGAAGUGCUGCAAUGUGUCAUGUCCGCCGCGGUACCGCAACUCCAAAGAUGUGGUCUUCUGCGGUACAUGCGGCGAAAGACGACGGUCGGACGGGAAUACAUCAUACGGCUACCUAUGUAUGUAGAACACUCUGCAGAAUGCAGAUUGUACUGGUACAUGGCAGAAUCGGAUCCCGAGGCUGUGGGCACUUUUUGCCUUAACGAGGGCCCAGUGAUCAGAAGCAUAUCUAGGGGAUAAAUGCAGGACUGUGGGUUUUUCGGGCCGACAAGGGCGUAGGUUUUGAUUUUGUUUUCGCAUGAAGAGCGAAUUCGCACUACAGGCCAGCCCUAGGGGACCUCCGAGACGAAAAAAACUGUUGCUAUGUAGAGUAUCGACCUAGGUAGCCAUCCGUGAUGCAUCAUGUCCCACGAGCACGAU